CAUAUUUGAACGGCCCGCCGACGGUUAAACAUAACGUUCGUGAAUUUCGACUCGAAAAGCGGGUUUCUCGUGCGCGCUCUUCUUUUUUUUAACGUGUUUGUGUUGUGUGUGUUUGGCGUGCGGCUAACUUUGUUGUCGUUCUUCUGGUGUUGUUGUUGCCUUUGGUAACAACGUGCGACGCGCGCCUUAAUAAACAAAAAGAAUAAUACGUUAAUCACAAGGAAUUUAUUUGGAAACCAAAUGCAUAACUAAAUUCUAAAAGUUGCACCUGAAACAAGAGGGAAGAAAGCCCAAUAUCAACGUGAGGAGUGAGGAAAUCAAAGUAGGACCAACAACAACCACAAUUCUGUCAAACACUGGAUUCUACAACCCCACCCAAAAACCCCAAAACCCAAGAUCAAGUAGGCUGUGCCUUUUGCCGAGUCGAAUGUCAAAUGGUUUGAGCUCAAGUCAAAUCAUUUUGGUAUACCUUCUUAGCAAGACUAAACAUAAUACCGUUUGAAAAUAAAAUUCCAACCAAGAUGCCGAAUAAAAAAUUUCCAAAAAUGUCGCAGGCGCAACUAAAACUUUUGAUAAAGAAACAAAAUCAGAAUUUUGAAAAGCCCAUGAUAAUUCUUCAGCCGCCGAGGUAUAUACAGCAGCCGCCGAUAAGGGAGUUCAGCCGAGGAACGAAUUCGGUUUCCCCCAAGAAGCAGACCAAAACGGAGGUUCGCCCUGUAUCUCCAACUCAGAACAUUGGAAGGCCUAUACCUAUUCUUCAGCCGCUGUGGCACAAACAACAGUCGCCGGUUAUGGAGUUCAAUCGGGGAUCGAAUCCGGUUUCCCCCAAAAAGCAGACCAAAACGGAGGCUCGUCCUGUAACUCCAAUUCAGAAUAUUGGAAUGCCUAUGACUAUUCUUCAGCCGUCGUGGUAUAUACAGCAGCCGCCGACUAUGGAGUUCAAUCGGGGAUCGAAUCCGGUUUCCCCCAAGAAGCAGACUUACCCGGAGUAUCGUCCCGUAACUCCAACUCAGAAUAUUGAAAUGCCCAUGACAAUUCUUCAUCCGCUGCAGUAUAUACAGCAGCCGCCGCCGAUUAUGGAGUUCAACCGGGGUUCGAAUCCGGUUUCCCCCAAGAAGCAGACUUUUCCGAAGGUUCGUCCCGUCACUCCAACUCAGAAUUUUGAAAAGCCCAUCACAGUACUUCAGCUGUCGAGGUCUAUACAGCAGCCGCCGGUUAUGGAGUUCUAUCAGGGAACGAGUUGGGUUUCCCCCAAGAAGCAGGUUAAACCGAAGGUUCCUCCUGAAACUCCAACUCCUGGCGAAACAGGAAAAUGGCAACAAAACCGUGAUAUGGAGGUGCUGGUGCCGAUGAAAGAGGAGCCGCUACAGAUGAUGCAGGUGGCUCAGUCCCUGCAAGAGGUUCUUUGGCAGGAUGAUGCCAAGCAAAGGGAACAGAACCCGGAGAAUGAUGCCAAGCAAAAGAAACGGAACACGAAGAAUGAUGGCAAGCAAAAGAAACAGAACCGGAAGAAUGAUGCCAAAGAAAAGAAACAGAAGCUGGAGAAUGAUGCCAAGCAGGGAGAACAGAACCUGGAGGAUGAUGGCAAGCAGGGCUCCGAAAAGCAAGUUAAGCGCACGAAGCGUACACAUAACAAAGACCGUGGUAAGGAUCGUAAGAAUGGGCAGAACACUCGUCUGAAUCAGGAGCAAGCUGCUAACGAGGACUCAUCUGGGUACCAGCAGCUUUUUGGAUCCUUUAGCUCUUCUUUGUCAUCAUCAACAACCACAUCGUCAUCGUCAUCUGCCUCGAGCAAUGGUCCAAAAGCGGUCGUAACCCUUGCCAAUUUUCCGAGCCUCGAGACAUUGCAGAAAACCGCCUGGAGUUUCUUUUUCCAUCCCGAACUUAAACCGGUUGAUACUCCGCCCACAACACAAGGGGAUUCGAAUUCGAUUCCCCUCCAACCUCCGCCCUUGGAUCUGAGGGCCCUCAACUUGGCCUUUGAAACCUUAGCUGUUUGGGAUCUUUGGAAUAAGGAGCCCCUAGCCGAGGAGUCCAGCCGACCGCGACCGAAAGGCAGCAUCUUCGAUGAAUAUAUAACGCCCAAUUUUAAGCUGACUCGGGAGCAGAAGCUUCGCCUGCAGGCGGUCGUCUCGCAGGAGGAUAUUCCGCUGGAGGAGGCCCUCAUGGCCGUUAUCCAGGAUCUGCACAAGGAGCGACUGGCUCGGGAUGCAGCAGCAUCACCAGCAGCACCUGAAUAUCCCACCAACAUUCAGGGAUAUCCGGUUAAGUCUUCAUAUUCGCCGGACAGUACUCAUCAAUCUCAGCCGGAACACGGAUACGAUUCGCAGCCGGCAAAUGGUUACUACCCGCAGCCGACAAAUGAUUACUACUCGCACCCGGUAAAUGGUUACUACUGGCAGCCGGGAGACGGUUACUACUUGCAGCCGGGAAACGGCUACGGCUACCAACCCCAACCGGGAUAUGGCUAUGAUCCCAAUACCGAUUCUCAACCGAUGAUGGACACCAGGAAGGCGGUGCCCAUGCCACCGGAUCUUAGCCGUCCGCCGCCGGGUUAUCCGAUGCAUCCACAGCCGGUCUAUCCGAUGCAUCCGCAGCCUGGCUAUGCGAUGCAGCACCAGCCUGGCUAUCCGAUGCAGCACCAGCCUGGCUAUCCGAUGCAGCACCAGCCUGGCUAUCCGAUGCAACAGCAGCCUGGCUAUCCGAUGCAGCAGCCUGGCUAUCCGAUGCAGCAGCAAUCUGGCUAUCCGUUGCAGCAGCAACCUGGCUAUCCCAUGGAACAUCAGCCUGGCUAUCCGAUGCAGCAGCCUGGCUAUCCGAUGCAGCACCAGCCUGGCUAUCCAAUGCAGCAGCAACCUGGCUAUCCCAUGGAACAUCAGCCUGGCUAUCCGAUGCAGCAGCCUGGCUAUCCGAUGCAGCAGCAGCCGGGCUAUCCGAUGCAGCAACAGCCUGGCUAUCCCAUGGCGGAACAGAAGUCGGAUGGUACACCACAGGAUCCUAAGCGUCCUCAGGACAAUGAUUUCGUGUCGGACUUCAUCAGGGACUUCUUGCCGGACAUCCUAGCGGCACCUGACUUCAACGCCAGCAACUCGAAUCGCUCCAGCCCUUCGAGCCGCGGCAGCAUGCUGUGAAUAGCCGGCGGGGAAAUAGGAAUACUGUAGCAUAUAUAUCAUUGAUACUAGUCCCCCAUUGACGGGUUUUAUAAUGUAGAAAAAAAACAGAACUUGUAUACUGCAGUAUAUUUCAUUUUUCAUCUAUGUAUGUUAUAAUAAACAA